UUCGUGCCUGUUCGGGCGCGCUCGACGAUUUCCGGCGCGGGCCGACAUCGCGUCGUGCCGCAGUUUCGUGCUGUUGUUGUCUGCGGUGACGCGGCGGAGGUGUACCCUGACGCGGGCUCUUACGUGUCGGACUGAAUAAAAAGUGGAGCUCCGGAGGGCCCGGGAGUGACGCGAGAACAGAGAGAGCGAGUAAGCGAGUCCGUCAGCGGGCAGGCCGUGCUAACCGAGUCACCUCGUUUCCUCGCUGUGACGUUUCUAAAUGACCAUGGACGCAGGAGCAGAUGUGCAACAAGGCAGCGAGACAGCUGUCUCAGAGACAGACACGCAGCAGAUUGCCACCCUGGCGCAGGUUUCCAUAGCAGCAGGCCAGGCCUCAGUCACAGGGCCCACCGUCACCCUGGUGCAGCUGCCCAACGGUCAGACGGUGCAGGUUCAUGGGGUGAUCCAGGCCGCACAGCCGUCUGUCAUCCAGUCUCCCCAGGUCCAAACAGUACAGAUCUCCACCAUUGCUGAGAGCGAGGACUCGCAGGAGUCGGUGGACAGUGUGACGGACACCCAGAAAAGGAGAGAGAUCCUUUCCAGACGACCCUCUUACAGAAAAAUCUUGAACGAUCUCUCGUCGGACACUCCAGCCGUGCCGCGGAUAGAGGAGGAAAAAAACGAAGAGGUCGGCUCGGCUAUAGCCGCAGUCACCGUGCCCACCCCCAUUUACCAAACCAGCAGUGGACAAUACAUUGCCAUCACACAAGGCGGCGCCAUCCAGCUGGCUAAUAACGGCACAGACGGCGUUCAGGGCCUGCAGACUUUGACGAUGACAAACACAGGGGCUGCGCAGUCGGGCGCCACCAUCCUGCAGUACGCUCAGACCAGCGACGGCCAGCAGAUCCUGGUGCCCAGUAACCAGGUGGUGGUGCAGGCUGCGUCCGGCGAUGUCCAGGCAUAUCAGAUUCGCACGGCAUCGUCAGGCACCAUCACUCCCGGAGUGGUGAUGGCGUCCGGGCAGGGAGGUACCGAGGAGGUCACGCGCAAGAGAGAGGUCCGCCUCAUGAAGAACAGGGAGGCAGCGCGAGAGUGUCGCCGCAAGAAGAAGGAAUACGUGAAGUGUCUGGAGAAUCGCGUGGCCGUGCUGGAAAACCAGAACAAAACCCUCAUUGAGGAGCUGAAAGCACUUAAGGACUUGUACUGUCACAAAUCGGAAUAACACACACACACACACACACACUGCGCUUUUUCCCCAGGUGCUAUUGAGACAGAGACUCUUUCCCUUUACACAGGCACCUGGGCAGCAGUCUUUUCUUUUCCUAUCUGUCUUUAUUUUUAUUUUUAAAGAUAUCGGCUUAUAAGAAAUGAGAAAAAUUAAAUGCCUUUAUCAACAUCUGUAUAAAAAAAAAGCCAACUUUAAAAAAAAAAAAAAAGUCUUGACAUGUAAAAGCUCCAAAGCGACUCAACAGACGCCUAAGCAGAGCUGGUUUCAUCUCGAGAUCCCACAAUGCACCAGAUUCGGAUGACCACGUCUCUCUUCAAUCACGCUGACUUUGUUUUGUUUUUUCCCCUGGGGAGACGCAGAUCGUCCGACAUCACCAAGUGGGAUUUUGACGAAUUAACAAAACGAACUUAUUGGAAUUUCUACGUGCUUCUGUUACUAACACAUAAACCCUAUUUUGAUAUGAAACAAAAAAAAAUUCUAUUGAAUAUGUAUGUAUACGCUUCUAUUAUGGGAUGUUUUGUCACUUAACCUGCGCCUUUGCCUCUUUCUUUCAUCCCCAGCUACGUUUCUCGAUGUAAAAAAAAAAAAAAAAAACACGCUUAUAUGCUUCAGAGUGUAAGAGCUACAAAUGUAAUGCCAUGUUUUAUAGGACACUGUAACAUUUACUUAUCCGUACCGGUUUUCAUUAUCAAAUUCAUUUCUUUAUGAUUUAUUCAUCAUCCAUCUCAUCGAACGGAUGCCACACUGUGCUUGAAUUUAUAUAUCUCAUAUUUUUGCCUAUUAUCCCUGAAACCCCCGACCCCCCCACCCCACACACAUCUGUAUCUGGUGCUCACUUCUAAAUUGAAAAUUCCAUGUUAUGUUUGUUUCCUGUCAUCAAAAAUGUUGCCAUGAAAUAUUACAUGCAUCCUGUUUUUAAA